AUGGGUGCCUCAGGAAAAUGGUUCAAAUCACUUCUUUCUCAUAAAAAAAUCUCAUCUUCAACUACAACAACAACCGAUCAAGAGAAGAAGAUUAAUGGUGAUAACAAGAGUGGUCCUACUAAGAAGAAAUGGAAGCUGUGGAAGUCAUCUUCAGAAGGAUCUUCUUCUUGUUCAAGUAUGAAGAAGAGUGGUGGUGGUGGUACUGCUUCCGUGUGUGAUUCUUCGCUUACUGCAGCUGCGGUUGCUGUGAUGGUUCGAGCUCAACCUAAGGAUUUUAACCUCAUCAGACAGGAAUGGGCGGCUAUUCGAAUUCAGGCUUUGUUUCGAGCCUUCUUGGCUAGAAGAGCUUUGAGGGCAUUGAGGGUAGUGGUGAGGCUGCAAGCUAUAUUUAGAGGCAGGCAAGUGCGAAAACAAGCCGCUGUUACUCUAAGGUGCAUGCAGGCUCUUGUUAGAGUCCAAGCUCGUGUAAGGGCUAGGAAUGUCAGGAAUUCUCCAGAAGGAAAAGCAGUUCAGCAGUUAUUAGACGACCAUCGCAACCAAGUUGAUUCUGUUAAACUCAUAGAGCAAGGAUGGUGUGAAAUUCCUGGAACUGCAGAUGAAGUUAAAGCAAAGCUAAGACUGAGACAAGAAGGUGCAGUCAAGAGGGAUAGAGCAAUGGCAUACUCUCUUUCGGCACAGUCGAGAAUGAGUGCUAGUCCGAACUCGAAAUCAGUGACUCCUCUCAAGCAUCUUCACAACCGCGACAACAAGAGCUUAGGGAACAACUUGUUAGAACGCUGGAUGGCGAACAAACCAUGGGAGAGUCCAAUGUCAAACAGGAAGAGUGAAGAACUUGUUCCUACUUUUCAAACAAGAAGGAAUGCUAUGACAACUAGGAUUUCAGCUCUUAAAAUCUGUCAGCAAACUCCAUCCUUUUCCACCAUAAGCCAAUACCUGCAAAGUCACAGAAGUUUUGUUAUGCAGCAAUGA